AUGUUACUACAGUUGGCUGAUUUCGAAGACUGAUUAAUAUGUAUAAUAAGCCAACAAGGAAAUGAUCGAUUCAUGAAUAUCCCCAGGACGGACUCGUUUCAAGUCCUCGUGGGAGUACAAACAGUGCGAUGACUACUGCGAUGGCAGCUCACCAGGACUCUAUACACGAGAGACUACAAGCGGCGCCUGAAGAACCCCUAUUCCUUCACCAUGGCUCGGCAUCUUGGUCUGAACCCUCCGACCAUCAAGAGGAACAUAUCACAGACAUGUCUCCAUACUACAAUAUGCCAAAACGGAAUAAAAGAAAGAAUUUUAAGCCCAGAUGCGCACCUAAUGCUAGCGCCUACUCUGAUGACUCAAAUGGUGAAAACUGUGAUGAGGCAGCUAGUCCAAUUAACGGUAAUGAUAGGACUUCACCAGAACAAACAGUUGAUGAAGAGAAAGAGGAAGAAUAUUCUAAAAUUGGUGUCAAAAAUUUUAGUCUUCUCAAAGGAGGUGCUGUUGAUCUCAGUAGAAGGUUAAGCAUCGAUUCUAAUGAGAAUAUAGAUACGAAUUACCAAAAUAGGUUACCUGAAGAAAAGAAGGUGGAUUCCUUUCAGCGUUCUUAUAUACAUAGUUUACAGAUAAAUCCAGAAACUGAAAGGGAUCACACUGUAUUAAAUUUUAGUAGUCUACAAAAUAAAUCGUUCUGUGCCAAAAACCCUUUUGCUAUAUCUCAAUUAAUUAAAACUAAUUCUCCUCCAAGAAGAAGGGAAUCUGAUUCUGACGAGGAGAAAGGUCAGGAUAUAAACGCUAAUGACAGAUUAGAAGGUCAAGAGUCCAUGGAUGUUAGCGAGUCCCACCAAAAUGGUGAUACGUCAAAUGCUACAAACAGAAUUUUACGGGAUUAUGCUAUGAACACUAUGAAGGAAUUACUGGGAAUAUAUGGGUUGUCUUCUAAUGAAGUUGCUGAUGCCAUAAGUGGGCAGAUUAGGGCACUGGAAGCACUUCAAGGAAAACCAUUUACUCAGCUUCCUUUAAGCCUGAAAAGACGACACGACUCAAGUAUGGAUGACGGAACAGAAAAAAGUAUUAGAAGGUCAUCAUCGGCGACCGAUGAUGAGGGUUCAGCAAAUAUUACCCCACCUAAAACCCCUGAUGACGAUAUGGAAGUACAAAGACAAAGAGCUCUACAAAUUAUUAACCAGCAGUCGAUGCGGUUAUUUGGCAGAUCUCAAGCUCAAGAGGAAGAGGGUAGUGGUUCUGAUGACGGAGAGCAGACUCUUGACUUGAGCGUGUCAAGAGACACAGAUGGGCAGGAACAAUCAGCGACUUCAAGCGCCGGUAAUAGUGUAUCAGAAUUUGACCAACAAAAUAUGCUGAUGAGAAAAAAUUUAGAGGACUUGGCAAAUUUACAAAUGCAGGGUUUCUUUCAAAAGCAAUCAUCUUUGGAAGCUGACGAUUCACAAGAGAGAAAACUGCAGGCCAGUGGUCUAUUGUCGGCAUUGAAUCAUUUGGAUCAAGCUCGCAAGAAUUCUCUCCAGUCGACUGUCGACUACUCUAGAUAUGUUAAAAGGUACAGCUCAACAUUGGAAUGUGGUUCGUCAUACUGCAAAGAUCUUGGUUACCGAGAGCAUUUCCACUGCAUGGACUGCACCGCCAGGGUGUUCUGCAAGAAGGAAGAGAUGAUCAGGCACUUCAAGUGGCACAAGAAACGCGACGAGUCUCUAGCUCACGGCUUUAUGAGGUAUUCACCACUUGAUGAUUGUUCGGAACGAUUCAACGAGUGCCCACAUAACAGGAGUCAAACCCACUACCACUGCAUACAAGAAGGCUGUGAUAAGGUUUACAUUUCAACCUCAGAUGUGCAGAUGCACGCCAAUUACCACCGAAAAGACUCAGCAAUACUGCAGGAAGGGUUCCAAAGGUUCAGGGCGACGGAAACCUGCGCCGCCCCGCAUUGCGUCUUCGCUGGCCAGAGGACCACUCACUUCCACUGCCGAAGGCCUGGUUGCACUUAUACAUUCAAAAACAAGGCUGAUAUGGAAAAACACAAGACCUACCACAUAAAAGACGAGGCUCUCUCAAAAGAUGGUUUCAAGAAAUAUAUGAAGAAUGAAGCAUGCCCAUACAGAGACUGCCGGUUCAGCAGAACAUGCAACCACAUCCACUGCAUCAGACCUCAUUGUAACUACGUGCUGCAUUCUAGCAGCCAGAUCUUCACACAUAAGCGGAAGCAUGAGAGGAAAGAACAGGAAAUGAGUUUUGGGCUACCAACUUCCGUGAUCCAAAGUGCUCUAAUGCAGCAAGGUGCAGAUCUCAGCUUAUACUCACCUGGAGGCAGUUUGCACGUUGAAGAUGAUAUGUCGAAUCCUAUGAUGGAUUCAGAUUUCACGCAUCCAUUUAAUACGGCACUGGUUGAAGAAGUGUCACGAAAAUACAUAGAAACAUUCAAUGGGGGUAAAGAAGCAGAAGACAAGUGUGGGAAAUGUAGCGCUUUCAAUAAGCACUACCAUUGCUUAGCUGAUGGUUGCAAGAUGGCGCAUAGCUGUCACACUACAAUGGUGAAGCACGUAAUGGAACAUGAACAACAAAAUCAGGUGACUGAGGCAUACUUUGUGAUGUAUACACGAAGCAACCCUUGUGGCAACUCUGCCUGUCAGCACAUCAGAGAUAUUACUCACUAUCAUUGCACUUGGGAAAAUUGUGGUGCUGUCAUUCUUUCAUCAGAAGAGCACCCAUUUAGACGUUUAGAACACCAUCGUCAACAUGCAAUUCUCAGUCCUAUGUCACCUAACUUAGCGGCGAGAUUCGCACCAAACUUCACUCCACAACUGUCCGCUCAAUUACAUCCGAAUAUGGCGGCUCAACUUGGUCAAGUUCCCAAUAUACCGAACCUACCUCCAAACUUGGCACAGCUAGCUCAAAUGGCGCCAAGCCUUACGUCACAGUUGAAUCCUAACUUGCAAGCUCAAUUAAAUCUUGGCCCCAAUCCUGGUGUUGUCCCACAACAAGUGAACCCGUCAAGUUCCCUGGAUGAAAUGUUCAGCAGAAAACGUGGAAGACCACCCAAGAAUAGAGUCGUGGAAGUUUGGACUGAUAAUGUCACCCCUCAGGCUAUAUUCACAUCGUUCAAAUUGCCAAAGAGCAAUCAAAUGCCGGCCGUCGUUCAAUCACCUGUUAUAGCCACGCUCGAGGAGUUUCCGCGAAUAAAAUUCCAACACUUCGAAGUCUUCACUAGUCCGGACACUUGCACUCAGUCGUAUCCUAACUGUCAAUUGAGGAUGACCAGACUUCAUCUACACUGCUUUAACUGCAGCUUCGUUGGUGAAACGCAUAUGAUAAUGGAAUCACACAUGAGAGACUGCCACUCUGUUGCACCUUUAUUAGAAGGAUUCGACUAUUAUUCGUCUUUUGACCAAUGCGGUGGGAAAAGUUGCUUUAAAAACCAACUGAGAUCUCAUUUCCAUUGUGCACAGGGAAAUAAUUGUCCAGCAAUUUUGACUCAAUACUCAGCUUUAGCUACUCAUAAGCAUGGGAGAGGUACUCCAGUUAUUAAAACUGAGGAUCAAGAAAAGUCUUUUGAGGAAGCCAAAGAUUAUUCAUUGAAAGAACGCGCGUCUGUCGAUAGUGUUUGUUCAAUGAAAGAACCAGUUGAACCAUACACACCAACCAAUUUCUCGAUUAAGAGCGAAUUCGAUAGAGACCAGGACAAUGUUUCGGUAGUAAAAGCUACGGGAACCUUCUAUCCAUCUUCCCACCUCCGAAGCAAUACGUCAUCUCCGUCACCAAGAAGUAUUUAUGACGCGUCACCUUCUAAGGAAAUGAAGUUACGAAUGGACUACGACAAAAAGCCAGCAGGACCUACAAUCCCACCUUCGUGCCAUGAUCAAACAUGUGCUCUGAAUAAAAAUGCUGGUGGUAUGAAUCUGCAUUACCACUGUCCUCACUGUGGGCAAGCUUAUAUCGAUUUGAAACUUCUCUUCAGUCACAUGGUCAAGAAACAUAGUAACUCCAUGGAUUCUGGACCUGUCGGAUUAGCUGCUACCAAGGAGACUCUCGAACGAGAGUACCCAGAGAUCUCGAUACUGCCAUCGACUGCUACUUCCACUUCAUCUAGUCAAAUGCCAUCGCCAAGUCAGAGACCACCAAAUCCUGCUGAACAGGUACAAGCAGUUCAAAGUCUUCUAUUACAACAAUACUUAGCUGGAGGACGCAAGGGCAGUUUACAGGACCAGUUGAAAAUACAACAACAGUAUACUGCAUCAUUAGCUGGUCUGCCAGGACUUGCUCAAGUUGCACUAUUUUCGCAAGGAGGAUCGCCUUUCCCUCUGUAUCCAACGAUGCUGUAUCCACCUGAGUUGCUUCUGGAACAGAGUCUUCUUCAAGGCCACGGUCUACCACCUGGACUGGAUAAGGAAGCUGAGAUGCUAGCUAAAACCAGGCGCACUCAUACGACACGCGGGCCUCACAUGAGGGUACUGAAGGACGAACCCAUCCCUGAGGGUUACUUGAGAUUCAGAUUCAACGAAGACUGCGCCUAUCAGCAUUGUGGCUACAGGGAGCAUCAAACCCACUUCCAUUGCACAAGAAAAGACUGCGGAUAUUCUUUCUGUGACAAAACAAGAUUUGUACAGCACACCGCUAGACACGAAAGAUUGGAUACAUUGAUGGGUGGUGAUUUCCAGCAGUACCGCGCGAAUGUGUACUGCCAACGAUCAGAAUGUCCACAUGCAUCUACCUUCGGUACAGGCCAGAACAAGGCAUCUCACUUCCACUGCUUGAAAUGCGACUUCGUGUGCACGGACACCAACAAGGUGGUAGCCCACCGGCGUCAGCAUCAAAAACUUGACACCAUACAAGCAGCCGGCUUUGAAAAAUUCCCACCCAGCAAAGGAUGUGGCUACGAACCUCAAUGUAUCCACAGCAAGAAGCAAACCCACUAUCAUUGCCUCCAGUGCGGUUCAGCGGUUCUCGGCCUGUCUCAAAUGACCUCACAUAAGUACAAACACCAGGAAGCGAACAUGGGUCCCUCGACUAGCGGCACCAACUGACGAGACCUGUACAUAACCAUUGUAAUCUUGUCCACGAAUAAUAUUGGACUUUAUGUAUAUAGCAUUAGGCUUAUUUUUUGUAAUAUGUUUGACAUUUAAAAUGGGCAAACCAAAUUAAAAAUAUUAAUGCAAAUCAGCAAAUCAGAAAGUGUCGAUUUUAAGAUUUUUGGAUUAUUCCAUAAAAUAUAAAAUGAUCUAAAUAAUUUUAUAUAAAAUUUAGUCCUAAACUGUAGCCAACUCAUUAUAAUUAAAGGCAUAUGUAUAAAAAUUUUGCAGUUGAAAUCUGGAUAAUAGGAGAUAGG